AUGGCGCGGGUCUACGCAGAUGUUAACCAGAACAUGCCCCGCAGUUACUGGGACUACGAUAGCGUGAACAUAAGCUGGGGUGUACUCGAGAACUACGAAGUUGUGAGGAAAAUCGGUCGUGGAAAGUACUCGGAAGUCUUCGAAGGCAUCAACGUCGUCAACUAUCAGAAAUGCGUCAUCAAGGUCCUGAAGCCUGUUAAGAAGAAGAAGAUCAAGCGUGAAAUCAAGAUUUUGCAGAACCUUGCCGGCGGCCCCAACGUUAUCGCGCUGCUGGAUGUGGUUAGAGAUUCACAAAGCAAGACACCAUCUCUCAUCUUCGAACAUGUCAAUAAUACCGACUUCCGAAGUCUCUACCCCAAGUUUAACGAUCUCGAUGUUCGUUACUACAUCAACGAGCUUCUCAAGGCUCUGGACUUCUGCCACAGCAAGGGCAUCAUGCACCGCGACGUCAAGCCUCACAACGUUAUGAUCGAUCAUGAGAACCGGAAGGCAAGUGUAUCUCCCAAAAGAGACCAGUUGCGACUCAUUGAUUGGGGUUUGGCCGAAUUUUACCACCAAGGCACUGAAUACAACGUGCGCGUUGCUUCCCGCUACUUCAAGGGUCCCGAACUCUUGGUCGAUUUCCAGGAGUACGACUACAGUCUGGACAUGUGGAGUCUGGGUGCCAUGUUCGCUUCGAUGAUUUUCCGUAAGGAGCCUUUCUUCCACGGUAACAGCAAUUCGGACCAGCUCGUCAAGAUUGCCAAGGUCCUCGGUACGGACGACCUCUUUGAUUACCUUGACAAGUACGAGAUUGAACUCGACGCUCAGUACGACGACAUUCUGGGCCGCUUCCAGAAGAAGCCCUGGCACUCCUUUGUUACCGCCGAGAACCAGCGAUUUGUCUCUAAUGAAGCAAUCGACUUCUUGGACAAGCUUCUUAGAUAUGACCACCAGGAACGCCUUACUGCAAAGGAGGCUCAGGCACACCCCUACUUCAACCCUGUCCGGGACCCUGAGGUCUUCAAGCAGAAUCUGGCUCAGCAAAGCACGUCUGGCGUACCUAGCAACUGA